UCGUUUCCGUCGCGUUGGUAGGUAAAGUAAACAUGGCGGAGGAUGGUGUGAAUUCAGUGGACAAUAAACAAACAUUUUUUAAAAACGGAAAUAAGCAAUGGGUGAAACUGAACGUAGGCGGGACGUAUUUUUUAACGACUAAGACGACGUUAGCCCGCGAUCCAAAUUCGUUUUUAUUCAGACUAGUCCAAGAAGAUAGCGAUCUAAUUUCAGAUAAGGACGACACCGGCGCUUACCUAAUAGACCGCGACCCCAACUACUUCUCCCCCGUUUUAAAUUACCUCCGCCACGGCAAACUAGUGAUAAACAAAGGUCUCGCCGAGGAGGGCAUCCUAGAAGAGGCCGAAUUCUACAACGUCGCAGAACUGAUCACUUUAGUCAAAGAACGGAUAUGCCACCGCGACAAUCGACCGAGCAAAGACAGCAAAAAGCACGUCUACCGAGUGCUGCAGUGCCAUGAGGACGAGCUCACUCAGAUGGUUUCCACGAUGUCCGACGGCUGGAAGUUCGAGCAACUAGUGAACAUCGGCUCGCAGUACAAUUACGGGGCUGACGAGCACGCCGAGUUUUUGUGCGUCGUGAGCCGCGAGUAUGGGGCUCGCGAAGGCAUCGAGGUGGAGCACAGCGACAAAGCGAAAGUGUUGCAACAGAAAGGCUCCCGAAUGUAAUUAGUUUUAAAUACACGGACUGAAACAAUAUCGGGGGGCGCAGCCCCCAGACAUUUCUAGGAUUUUUUCGUGUCAAUGCUGCCGCUACUCAAGAUUUUUGCUUUUUAUUCAUUUAUUGAGGUUAGGACGCCAUUUUCGUGGUAACUUGAUUGAUUUACAAAAAUACUCGAGCCAUUUGACAUUAAAUGUCGCUCGUCUUUAAGGCAGGGUCUAACUCGAGUCGAAUUGUGUGGUAUACGUCCGCCAGACUUUCCUUUUGGCGUAUUUUAGGUCAGGUGCCUUCAAAAACCAGUUUUUCCAAGAGGCGAACUUUACGAAACGCGGCAAGAAAUUGGAGGUUUAAUUAUAGUAUAUUUUGUGUAGUUUUUUCCAUUUAAAAGUGUGUCGUAUUUACGUAAACGCACAAAAUGUACUGUAACCAUUUGUUUUUAUCUUGCUUCAAAUCAUGACAAAAACUAAAUCACUAAACGUUUUCAAGCAAUACACUUUACUUUUGGGUGUUUAACACACUAACUCAAAAACUCCCUUAGUUGGCGGUACUGUUUCUGUAUAAAUCAAAUCGUUAUUCCUUUCUUUAAGAACCUAAGCGUCUGUAUGAUAGAUCCUAUUUUAUACGGGCUGUCUCUAGAGUAAUGUUUUGUAUAUUAAAGUUUGUUUAUAUCAAUAAAAUUGUGCAAUCAAA